UGCACUGUCAGAGCGAGAAAAGUCAGCAUUCAAUUUUUCAAUUCUUUCUCUCUGAUCUGACUGAGCCGACAUUGCUCGCUUUGCCUUUGGUGCUGCUUGGCCGGCACUUUUCUUGAUCAUUGGAUAUGGCGAGCUCAGCUUGGCUCAGGUCGAGUGGCCGUUCUGCUUCUCUGGGCGGUGUUUCUCUUCGUAAUGCCGCGACACAAGCAGAGACCGUGAAGAGAGUGGUACCGGCUGCGUCUGGCAAGCGCAACAUUGUGCUCGUCGACGGCGUGAGAACGCCAUUUCUGACGUCCGGGUCCGACUACAAGAAGUUGAUGCCCCAUGACCUCCAGCGUGCUGCUUUCCAGGGACUUCUGAACCGCACUGGAAUUGCACCAGGUGAUGUGGAUCACAUUGUUGUGGGAACCGUCAUCCAGGAAGUCAAGACUAGCAACAUUGCAAGAGAAGCUGCACUUGGUGCUGGUUUCUCAGACCGUGUUCCAGCACACACCGUCACUCAGGCAUGUAUCUCUUCUAACCAGGCCAUGGCUGCGGGUGUUGGCUAUAUCAGCGCUGGCCAAGCUGAUGUGGUUGUAGCUGGUGGUGUAGACUUCAUGUCUGAUGUGCCCAUUAGAUUCAAUCGCAAGCUCAGACCCAUCCUGCUGCAGCUCAACAGGGCAAAGACCAUGGGCCAGAGGUUGAGUCUCCUUGCAAAACUUCGUCCAGGACACAUAGUGCCAGAGGCUCCCGGUGUCAAGGAGUUCUCUACAGAUGAAAUCAUGGGAGAGAGUGCCGAUAGGCUGGCUGCUGCAUUCGGUGUUUCCCGCAGGGAACAGGAUGACUUCGCUCGUCGUUCUCACCAGAAUGCACAGAAUGCUCACAUCGAUGGUCACCUGGAAGAUAUUGUGCCCACGUUCGUGCCAGGUGCGUCGAAGCCAGUAACAGCCGACAACGGCGUGCGAGUGUCGACCCAAGAGCAGAUGGCCAAGCUGAGACCAGCUUUCGUUCGCCCCUACGGUUCUAUCACUGCUGCUAACUCCUCAUUCUUGACUGACGGUGCAUCGGCUGUGUUGAUGAUGACGGAGGAGAAAGCACUGGCAAUGGGUUUCAAGCCCAAGGCUUACCUGAGGGACUUUGUCUUCAUGUCUCAAGACCCCAAGGAUCAGCUGUUGCUUGGACCUGCUUACUGCACUCCUCGUGUGCUUGAGAAGGCUGGCCUCAAGCUCUCCGACAUCAGUGUAUUUGAGUACCAUGAAGCUUUUGCAGGUCAGAUCUUGGCCAACUUGAAAGCAUUGGACUCUGACUACUUCUGCAAGGAGUACAUGGGACUAUCUGGCAAGGUCGGCCAAGUCCCCAUGGACAAACUGAACCUCUGGGGUGGCUCACUCUCCAUCGGUCAUCCAUUCGGCGCCACCGGCUGCCGUUUGGUGACGUACGCUGCUAACCGGUUGAGAAAGGAAGGUGGCCGCUACGCUCUGGUCGCUGCUUGUGCGGCUGGUGGUCAGGGCCAUGCCAUGAUCGUCGAAGCAUACCCAUGAAAGAUUCUAUUGCAAGCCUGAACCUGUAGCAACUACAAUCCAACCCGUCUAAUCAGCCACAGUCCUAUCUUUGGUUGUUGAAGUCACAAUCAUUCGGAACUUUAAAAAAAUCAUUUCUAUCAUGAACUUAGUUGACUCUCUAGCCUGUACAACAUUUUGUUUGCUUUAGUACGAUUUCACGCCAACCAUAUUUUCCCCUCUGACAGAGUCAUCUGUUUGCUCUCAUGGAUAUUCUGAACGUUAUCCAGUGUGUGUGGUAGUGCAGACCUACAAAAGUACUAAUACAUCAUAACGUUACUACUUGGUUUAACUAGCAUUUCUUCUACUAUCAUCUUUUCCCCUCCACACAUGAAAGUGCAACAACCGUUA